CCCGUUCCGCCGUCCCGUGCCGGACCGCCCCACCCACCACACUCCCUCCCGGAGCAGUUCACAGUCUCCACUCCACCUCCCACCUAUAAAUCUCCUCAUCGCCGCCGUUCCUCGUCCCGUCCUCACUCCUCCUCCCCUUCCGCAAUCCCCUCGCUUCGCACGGCGAAGCAGCCAGAGCCAGAGCCCGCCUUCCAGAACCAACCCGCCCACCAUGGCGAGCUUCGCGAGGCAGGAGCACCAGUUCCUCGCCGAGCUCGGCCUCGCGCCGCGCAACCCGGGCUCCUUCGCCUGCGGCGCCUGGGGCGGCUCGGGCCCCGUCGUCACCACCACCAACCCUAGCAACAACGAGGUCAUUGCUGAGGUCGUUGAGGCGUCCAUGGACGACUACGAGAAGGGCAUGAGCGCCUGCUUCGACGCCGCCAAGACCUGGAUGGCUAUUCCGGCACCAAAGCGAGGAGAAAUUGUUAGGCAGAUUGGUGAUGCACUGAGAGCAAAGCUUCAUCACCUUGGCAGACUUCUCUCACUCGAGAUGGGGAAAAUUCUCCCUGAAGGAAUUGGGGAGGUUCAGGAAAUUAUUGACAUGUGUGAUUAUGCUGUGGGGCUAAGUCGUCAGCUAAAUGGAUCCAUCAUACCAUCUGAACGCCCAAACCAUAUGAUGAUGGAGGUCUGGAAUCCUCUUGGAGUUGUUGGUGUCAUCACAGCAUUCAAUUUUCCUUGCGCCGUGCUGGGUUGGAAUGCUUGCAUUGCUUUGGUCUGCGGCAACUGUGUUGUCUGGAAGGGUGCUCCAACUACUCCAUUGAUCACUAUUGCAAUGACUAAAAUAGUGGCUAGUGUAUUUGAGAAGAACAACCUGCCAAGUGCAAUCUUCACAGCUUUUUGUGGGGGUGCUGAAAUUGGCCAAGCAAUUGCUCUUGACACAAGGAUACCUUUGGUUUCAUUCACAGGAAGUACAAAGGUUGGUCAAAUGGUUCAGCAACAGGUUAGCGCGAGAUUUGGCAAAUGCCUUCUUGAACUUAGUGGGAACAAUGCCAUUAUUGUCAUGGAUGAUGCAGACAUUCCACUAGCUGUGCGUUCUGUUUUGUUUGCUGCUGUUGGCACAGCAGGACAACGAUGCACUACAUGUCGUAGGCUGCUUCUUCAUGAAAGCAUAUAUCAAACAUUUCUUGAUCAACUUGUUGAGGUUUAUAAACAAGUCCGUAUUGGGGAUCCUAUGGAAAAGGGCACCUUGCUGGGACCACUGCACACUACUGCAUCGAAAGAAAGCUUUUUGAAAGGCAUCCAAAAUAUCAGAUCCCAGGGAGGAAAAAUCCUUCUAGGGGGAUCUGCUAUUGAAUCAGAAGGGAACUUUGUUCAACCAACAAUUGUGGAAAUCUCACCUGCUGCGCCAGUUGUGAGGGAAGAAUUGUUUGGUCCUGUCCUUUAUGCCAUGAAAUUUCAGACUCUGAAGGAAGCAAUUGAAAUCAACAAUUCUGUUCCUCAAGGAUUGAGCAGUUCUAUAUUUACAAGGAAACCAGAUGCUAUUUUCAAGUGGAUCGGGCCUCAUGGUAGUGAUUGUGGUAUAGUGAAUGUAAAUAUACCCACUAAUGGUGCUGAAAUUGGCGGAGCUUUUGGUGGAGAAAAAGCAACCGGUGGUGGACGAGAAGCAGGAAGUGAUUCCUGGAAGCAGUACAUGAGGAGGGCCACUUGUACAAUCAACUAUGGAAGCGAGCUGCCUCUAGCACAGGGGAUAAACUUCGGCUAGUUUGGUGCUGAAGGACUGCCAGUGAAACGUCGUGCUGCAGCUUGGGGAUAAGGUGUUGCCGUGUUGAGAUAUCUGCAGAGUGCAGCCAUCAUCUACAGGAAAUUCUCUAUGUGUCGAUCAUUGCACCCAAAUUGCGACGCUGCUGCUGAGUACAUAUAAUAAGAGAUGUGUUGAUCUCAUGUAUGCAUUGUUCAUGCCUUUUGGCAUGUUUAGCCAUCUGUGCCUGGACCUAGUCUAUUAAUAAACUGGAAAAAUAGCAUAUCUUCCAGUGAGAGUAACAUUUUCCGCGUGCUACCUUGAGAUCGGACUGCUCGAAAUAAAAGGAGACCGUAGCCUUCA